GCUCAAAAGAACUCGUAUCCAGAGCCGUAAAAAUAUUUACAAAAAAAAAAUGUUAUAUCUGAAAUUCUGACAAAUGACAGUUGAUACCAAAUUCUGACGUAUGUACAUGAAAAGUGAUAACUGAUAAGCUCUUAAAUGAUAAAUUAGCAGCAGUACAGAUUCACACAAACCAAUGCUGCUGGAGUAACGGCGAGAAAAAAAGCAAUGAGUCUACAAAGGUUGACGGCGCUACGAGCGCUGAUGGCUGGACAUCCGACAGCCUUAGCUGCAUAUAUAAUACCUACUGCGGAUGCUCAUAAUUCGGAGUACAUAUCACCGGCGGACGCUCGUAGGGAGUGGAUAUCAGGGUUCACGGGUUCAGCCGGAACAGCUGUGGUUACAGCCAACAAGGCCCUGGUGUGGACUGAUGGUAGAUAUUACACGCAAUUUGAGAAGGAAGCCGAUCUCGCGAUGUGGACUCUAAUGAAGCAAUCUUUGCCCGAAACUCCAACUAUGGAGAAGUGGCUGACGAGCAAUCUGAUAGCCGGUUCUGUUGUGGGGGUCGACCCCCACACUAUGACGAGAGAGGAAUGGACCCCCUUACAGACGGCGCUGUCUAAGGCAAAAAUGCAACUAGUUGCUGUAGAGAGUAAUUUGGUUGAUAAAGCCAGGAUCUCACUGGAUGAUCCUCCGCCGAAGAGACCCCAAAAUGAUAUUAUACACCUACCUUUAGAAUACACAGGGAAAACUGCCGGUGAAAAAAUCCAUGAUCUGAGAGUAGGGAUGCUGGAGAAGAAAGCUUCGGCUCUCGUUAUAACAGCCCUCGAUGAAGUCGCCUACACACUAAAUCUGAGGGGUAGCGAUAUAAGAUACAAUCCAGUAUUUUUCUCGUAUCUAUUGCUGACCCCCGACACGGUGACGCUGUUCUGGAGUGGGGGUCGCAUUCCGGACGACAUAGAACGCAACUUAUCUGACGAGGGGGUCAAGAUAGUUGGUCGGCCGUACGAUGACGUCAUCGGGGGUUUGAGUAAUUUGGCUCGCGAGUUAUCCAACAUGGGUGACGGUGAACAUUCUGUGUGGAUAUCAAACGAAGCGAGCGAGGCGGUCCACAGAGCUGUGUCCGGGGAAGGCGUGUUGAAAAACCCUCUUAAUCUGAUAUCAGAAGUGUCUCCCGUGGCUUUAGCGAAGUUGGUGAAGAACGACGUCGAGCUCGAGGGUUUCCGUAAAUGUCACAUCCGGGACGGUACAGCCGUCUGUAGAUUCUUUAGAUGGCUCCACCAGGAGGUGGACUCCGGAAAUAAGAUCACGGAAGUGGAAGCCGCUGAGAGAUUAUUGGAGUUCAGGAAGGAUGAAAAAGACUUCAUGGGCCCCUCCUUCGAGACCAUAUCCGGGGCUGGUGAAAACGGCGCCGUCAUACAUUACACUCCAUCAUCAGACUCGCCCAGGAUCAUAACGGCUGAUGACGUGUACCUCCUGGACUCCGGCGGACAGUACAAGGACGGUACGACUGAUAUCACCCGCACUCGUCACAUGAGUGAGCCCACAGACCUUCAGAAGGAAACCUUCACUAGAGUGCUCAAAGGUCAGAUUGCUAUCGGCGCUGCUUUGUACCCCGUUGGGGUAAAGGGUAACGUCUUAGACUCGUUGGCACGUAAGUAUCUGUGGGACGUCGGUCUGGACUAUGCGCAUGGGACUGGCCAUGGGGUAGGGCAUUUCCUGAACGUCCACGAGGGUCCCUCGGGGAUCUCUUGGCGGCCGUACCCCCACGACCCGGGACUAAAGAUGGGUCAGAUAUUGAGUAACGAACCCGGUUAUUACCGGGUCGGGGAAUUCGGUAUCCGGAUAGAGGAUCUAGUCGAGACUAUCAGCGUCACAAACGACACGACCCACCCGAGGGCCAAAGAUCUUCUGGGUGACUACAACGGGCGCGGCGUGCUGGGUUUCAACACGAUAACUCUGGUACCGAAUCAGAGGAAGUUCAUCAAAACUGAGCUGCUGGAUGACUUCGAGCUCAAAUACAUAAAUUCCUACCACAAGAGAGUGUUGGAUACUCUCGGACCGAUACUGAAGAACCGAGGCCUGAUGGAAGAUUAUGCCUGGCUGGAGAAGGAAUGUUCUCCAUUGAUGUAAACGAGGAAGAAGGACUCUGGAAUUUAAUUCUGACCAGUUAUUCUGGAGUGCACCAAAAAAAAUUUACUGCGUAAUAACAACGGACACGGCUUCAGUCACUUAUGUAUAUUGUAUAUAACACAGGACCCAGAACACUGCCUUGGAGGACACCAAAAAAGAUAUUUUUAUUAAAUUCUUAUAAAUAUUUAUAUUAUUUUCAAACAUAUGUUUAAUUCUGUUUUUCCAUACAUUGGUGAGAUUAUAAUAAAUGAUAUAUUAUUGA